AUGGAGACCCGGAGGGGAGCUCGAGGGCUUUCUCACCAGGGACGUUCCUCCAGAGCCCCUGAGGUGCUGGUAGACAACGGUGACAGCAUGGACAAUUCCAUCAUCUGCACCAACAUUCCUGGAAACAUCCUCUCAACUCUGACACCCACUGACGAGCAGCAUCCCUUUGAAUUGGCUCGGGAAGCUACAGAGAACUGUGAGUGCAUGUGGCAACAGUUUGACCAAGUAGAGGAGAGAACCCAGAGGAUCAGAAGCCAAUACCAGAUCAUAGACUCAUUGCUAGAAGAAAUUAGUAGUGACUGUGCAAACUUUGAGAAGUCCAAGGAAAUGCUGCUGCAAUGCACUGGAAUCCCGGAGACAGGAGCCUUUUGUCUGCAGCAGAAGAACACCAUGCAGCAGAAGGAAGCAUCAUCCCAGGAGGGAGAGGCAGAGCAGCAGGACAGGAUGGAGGUUUCCCAGGAGCAAGAGUCAUCGAGCCGGUGUGUGGAGCAGCUGAGCCAGGAAUCCUCUGGCCAAGGGCAUGAAGUGGCCCAGGUGGGCAGAGAGGAGGAGCUGCUGGCCCAGAGGGCUGAUCUUGAGGGGCGACUGGCAGCCAGUGAGGGGCUCCGAGAAGACCUUUCCAGGCAGCUGGCAGAGACAAGGUCAGCAAAGGAGAGCCUGCAAUCCAGGCUGGCUGCUGCUCAGCAGCAGAUAUCACAGCUGGAGAUAAGCAGGAAGUGUGUGGAGGCAGAGCUGCAAGGGGAGCUGCAGGCAGCUCGCAGAGAAGCCCAGGCAGCUCAGAGGAGGCAUGAGGAAGAACUACGAGGCCUCAAAGAGGAAAUGAAUCGCAUCCUUGAGCAGAGGGAGGCUCUACAAAAGAGGGAAUGGACUCAAUGGGAAGAAGUGGCUCAGCAAAAUUCAAAAUUGCAGGCUUCAGUGAAUGCCCUAGAGAGGGAAAAAGCCAGGCUGAUUCUGUCUCUGGAGGAAAAGAAUGUGUGCCUCAGGACACUGGAAGAACAGAACCUGACACUGAACAAUCAGGUAUCUCAGUGUCAAUCUGCUCUACAGCAUGCUGAACAGCUCUCUUCAAACCGUGCUGGACAACUGCGGGAGCUCAACAAACAGAUCCAGGCCCUGCAGGAUGCAGUGCUGCAGAUGGAGGCUUCCCAGGCAACUCGGCAGAAGCAGCUGCUGAAGGAGCUGGAGGAAUCCCAUGCAGGAGAACGCUCUUUGAGGGACUCUGUGCACGUGCUGGAGGCUGAGGUGUCUGAGCUGCGUGUGAAGCUCCAGAGAUCUGAUGACAAAGCUCUUGCCUUGGCCAUACAGUGUGAGGCUGUGGAGGUGGAGCUGAGGAAAACACAAGCUCAGAGAGACAACCUCAGAGCCUUCAACCUGGAGCUGCAGAAGGAGUUGGAGGAAAUUGAGCAAGAGUUGGUGCAGGCAGAAGCCAAGCACAUCUCUCACCAAAUUGCCCUGGAGAAAGAGGCCACUGAAAGGCAGGAAGAGGCUGUGGCUCUCCAUCAGGAGGUGGCAUCACUGCAGAAGAAAUUGGAAAAGCUGGAGAAGGAAAGGAAAGAUGUGCUGUAUGAACGGGAAUUGUACCAGCAGCAGAUGAGAAAUCUGGAAAAGGAGAAUGAAAUGCAUGCACCUGAGAUGAGAAAUCACAGGGAAAAUACUCAAGAAUUGGAAUUGGAGAGGGACGGCAUGCAGGAAUAUUUGGAGCAUGGGGCUGCUACUUUGAAGAAAUUGAGGGACAGCACUCAGGUUCUGAGUGCUGCACUGAGCAACAGUGAACUUGCCAAAGGGGCUCUGAAGAAACACUUGAACAUCGUGAAGCGAAAGACUUGUAUCCAGGCAGGCACUGGCAUUGACUUUCAUUCUGUUCCAGUGUCCCUGAAUUAUUCCUGUGAUAUUUCCCAUGAGGAGGUUUCCCAGGAGCAAGAGUCAUCGAGCCGGUGUCUGGAGCAGCUGAGCCAGGAAUCCUCUGGCCAAGGGCAUGAAGUGGCCCAGGUGGGCAGAGAGGAGGAGCUGGUGGCCCAGAAGGCUGAUCUUGAGGGGCGACUGGCAGCCAGUGAGGGGCUCCGAGAAGACCUUUCCAGGCAGCUGGCAGAGACCAGGUCAGCAAAGGAGAGCAUGCAAUCCAGGCUGUGUGCUGCUCAGCAGCAGAUACCACCGCUGGAGAUGAGCAGGAAGCGUGUGGAGGCAGAGCUGCAAGGGGACCAUCAGGCAGCUCGCAGAGAAGUCCAGGCAGCUCAGAGGAGGCACAAUGAAGAUCUACAAGACCUCAAAGAGGAAAUGAAUCUCCUCCUUGAGCAGAGGGAGGCUCUACAAAAGCAGGUGGCAGAGUUGACAUCUCAGCUGGCAGCCUCCCGAGAGUGCCAGGAAAGGACUGUGCAGAGAGCCCAGCAAGAUGUGAGGGAGGCCCAGGAAGAGUCCAGGCAGAAGCUGCUGGAGGUUGAGCAGAUGCAGAAGAUACUGGAGGAGGCAGAACAUCAGAAAAAGGAUCUUCAGGUGCAUCUGGAGUAUUUGGAGAGGGAAUGGAGUCAAUGGGAAGAAGUGGCUCAGCAAAAUUCAGAAUUGCAGGCCUCUGUCAAUGCCCUAGAGAGGGAAAAAGCCAGGCUGAUUCUGUCUCUGGAGGAAAAGAAUGUGUGCCUCAGGACACUGGAAGAACAGAACUUGGUGCUGAAAAAUCAGGUGUCUCAGUGUCAAUCUGCUCUACAGCAUGCUGAACAGCUCUUUUCAAACCGCGCUGGACAACUGCUGGAGCUCAACAAACAGAUGCAGGCCACGCUGCUGGCAGAGCUAGAGAAGAGAGAGCACCAGACAAAUCAAGAGAAGCAGCUGCUGAAGGCUGAGGUGUCUGAGCUGCAUGUGAGGCUCCAGAGCUCUGAUGACAAAGCUCUUGCCUUGGCCAUAAAGUAUGAGGCUGUGGAGGUGGAGCUGAGGAAAAUACAAGCUCAGAGAGACAACCUCAGAGCCUGCAACCUGGAGCUGCGGACGGAGUUGGAGGAAAUUGAGCAAGAGUUGGUGCAGGUAGAAGCCGAGCACAUCUCUCACCAAAUUGCCCUGGAGAAAGAGGCCACUGAAAGGCAGGAAGAGGCUGUGGCUCUCCAUCAGGAGGUGGCAUUUCUGAGGACGAAAUUGGAAAACCUGGAGAAGGAAAGGAAGAAUAUGCUGGGCGGCGAUGUCUCCUCGAGCAGGGCUGCUGAGUCGCUGCUGCCAAAGCGCCUCUGGACGCCACAGAAACAGCACCAGAGCGUGCACAGGAACAGCAGCACCCCGAACGCUGGCACCUGCUCCAGGAGGCGUCUGCACCAGCCGCCAUUCCAAAGGGGCCAUGCUGUGGGCACUAUUGCACGUGGUUUAGCAAAAGGCUUCAGCACGCUCGGCCACAAUGGCUUUCUCUUGGCUUGCCAGCCUCACAGCAAUGCUUGGCAGCUGCUGCUGCAGCCUGUGCCCCUGACUGACUACAAUGGCUGUGCUUGA